AACUAUUUUCUUUCCUUUUUCUAUAAGCAUAUUCUCACUCUCUCGCACACAGUCAGACACGCAUACACACACUUCACGAUAUAUAAUAUCAUAAACAUAGCUUUUUGCCUUUUUCGAGUUUUUACCGGCGAUUUCUUGAAUAUGAGUCGUGUAUGGUUUUGUCGUUGCUCGCUUAUUGCAGAAAAAAUAAUAAUAAGUCACUGCCUUUACUGCUCCAAUAUUUUUAAAAAUUAGUAUUUUCUUCUGGCAUAUUCUAAAUCAAGCUUGAAUUUUCCCUGCAACUGAGGGUGGAUUACCUUCCUCUCUUUGCAAAAAGAUGAAGAAGAUUAACAAGAAGAAGAAGAAGCAGAAGGAAAGAGAAGAGAGCUUACUAACAUAUUUUCUAGGGUUUGUCUUCCCCUAGAGGGAAUGUCAAAGGCGUACGUAGUAGCAGAAGGGAUGGAUUAUUACCAAGAAAUGUUGACGUUAGGACAAGACCACACCGGUCGUAUUCGGGCAAGCUCGAGCAGGUCCAGACCAAGGAAGGUACGGAUCCGUGAAUACAAGAUUCCGGAUCUAAACGCAGAUCCUUGUUUGGAUAUGGAUGAAGAAGACACAGGAGAGGUGGUAGGAUUCAGACCUCAGGAUGCAGAUUAUUCACUAAACGUUCCUCAGCUUCCUUACGAGCUAGAGGUCGAGAUACUCGCACGCCUCCCGCGUUUCGAGUAUUGGAAACUUAAGUUACUUAACAAGCGUUUCUCGCGUUUACUAAAGGAAGGUAAAAUCUUCAAGGUGAGGCGUGACCGCGGCGUGGUUGAACCGUCUGUCUUUAUGCGGUCCCACGGCGACACGAAAUGGACUAUGUUCGAUAAGAACUUCGAGAAUUACCAGGAGGUUCCGGAGCUUCCUUUACCUUCCGACAGCUCCUUCUUCCUUGGAGAUAAAGAAUCGCUUUGCGCUGGAACGCAUUUGAUUGUCACUGGGAACGAGGGAGAGAGCAUCGCUUUGUGGCGGUACGAGCUGGAGACGAGCAAGUGGUUCAAGGGCCCCGCAAUGAUCACGCCGAGGAUCUUGUUCGCUUCAGCUACGUGUGGGAGCGUUGCGUUUGUAGCUGGGGGGUUGAAAAUGUAUGGAGACACGUCUAAGGAAGUCGUGAAUGAAGCCGAGAAGUACGACUCGGGGACCAAAACGUGGACGCGUCUCCGUGGAAUGCACAAGAGAAGGCAGUUCUGUUCCGGAUGUUUCUUGCGUGGCAAGUUUCACGUCCUCGGUGGUAAAGAUGAAAACGAUAAGAACCUAACUUGCGGAGAACGUUACGACGAGGGUACAGACACUUGGGAACUUAUACCGGACAUUCUUAAAGAUACGUCAUUCUCAUCUAUUCAAUCACCACCGCUUCUGGCGGUGGUGAAUGAAAAUCUUUACUCGCUGGAAACGUCUGCCAACGAGCUCCGCGUUUACGAUACAAACGCAAACGCCUGGAAGAAGCUUGGGGAUGUACCUGUGAGAGCUAAGUCUAACGGAGGAUGGGGCGUUGCGUUUAGGUCUCUUGGAGACAAGCUGCUUGUGAUUGGAGAAUCGGUGGGACCUUCCAGGACAGAGACGAUGUCCGUUUACACGUGUCGUCCCUCCGCUAAUCCUGAGGAGAAGCUGCUUUGGGAGGAGUCUAAAGGCUGCUGUGGUGUUAAGCUCAGCCAUUUUAUCUUAAACUGUUGUGUGAUGAUUGCUUAAGGGUCUUUUCUCUGGAGCAAACAGAAAGUAACUUUUGGUUUUUGUGUGUGUUUUUGAAUAAAGCAAGUUGUAGCGUCUCCAGACGCUGAGACUUAAUCACUGUUGUGUGGAUUGUCCUUCUUGUUCGGCGUUUUGCGUCUUGUGUGUUUCAGUAAACGCCGGUUUGUUCUUAAUUUUGUGUAAUAUAAGCUUAUAAGCAUCUGUGUGGUUUAACUGA